AUGCCUUAUCACCAACCACCUCCACCUCUCCUCAAACUUCUCUCACUCCCAGAACUAUCCUCCGAGGUCCUCCAGUACCUAUGGCCCUCUCAAAUCCUCACUCUCCGCCUCGUCAGCAAGACCCUUGAGAUACUCUGUGCCCCCCUCGUCAAGAUCCACGUCCAUCCUGGAUACUUUAACAAACACCCCGAUGUCAUUCACUCCCUUGUAUCGAAGACUCAACAACACCCCUCGACAAGGCCAGCACUACCUUUACUGCACUAUACGACAGGAUUGUUAACAGCUACACAACAAGUCGAUGAUCUGAUAAUGGCCUCACACAACCUCCAUACCCUCUCCCUCCGCCCCGGCUCCCGCUCUAGAAACGACGCCAUGGCGCAGCUCUUUGACUGGUUCGAAACCCACAAGGAUACCUACCCCCAUAUCCGCGCUCUCCGUCUCAACCUCGACUUCAAAAUCCUUGACCGCAUCAUCAAUCCUACUGUCCAAAACUUCCCUAACCUCGAAUCCCUCUACAUCCACGACAACGACGCCAACCACACGAACAUCGAUUUUGGGAUCCUUUCAGAAGCACUGACCACCAUGUGGACCCAAUUGACAACACUCUCUCUCAAUACCAUGACCCCCCUCAAGAUCCCUACCAUGUUCCUUUCUCGCGACACCGACAGUAUCGUUCACCUUGAGGGAUUGGUCUUUCCAAAGGUCGAAGUUCUUGAGGUUAUGAUCACCGAAUGGAGUACCGUGGACGUAAACGGAAGAUGGACUUUUCUGGAUAUGUUUCCGAACCUCAAGCGCCUCUCUAUCGACUUUUGCUCCACCCCUCCUUAUCUUGAUGAGGAUGCCGAUGAUGAGGAGCAGCAGCGGCGACUGCGGCGACUGGAACAACGACUGGAGCAGAGGGGGGUGCUGUUCCCGUACUUGACCAACCUCGCAAUCUCUAUCAGCUCAAAGCGUGCUCUUUCGCGGUUCCGUACCCUCAUGGGUCUCCCGCCCUCUUUCACCAUCCCCACCACCCCAAUCGCCGCCACACAAUACCCAUGCUCUCAACCCCCGCCGCCACCACUCCGAAGCCUCGCCAUCGACCCCGAGUCCCAAGACCACAGUGGCGCCGUGAGCGAUAUCCUGAACCAUGUCGGAGUCUCGCUACAAGAACUCAGGGGUACACCGAAGUGGACUGACUUGAAGGUGUUGGCGCUUUCUGAGACUUCCUUUUGGGAUCUUGGUUAUCUUGAACUGUUGAGUCUCCUUAUGGCUCCUGUACCAGUAUUACCACCAGUUCCAGUUCCAGCUCCUGGUGCCAUGGUGCCGUCGUCGAGUCCUAUCUCCAACCCCAAUCCCAACCCCAACCUCAACAACAAUAUCACCCUCACCACCACCACCACCACCAGCAACAACAAUACCACGGCAUCGAAUAUGACUCCGUUGAUCAGCACUUUGGGAUGGACCAAGACACUGACAGAACUACGUCUAGGCUCCUUUGCCGAUGAUGAUGACGGUCAAUAUGUCGAUCUGGAUGUGAUCUCUCAGCUCAACAGGAUGCUGAAGCUUCUGAAGAACUUGGUUGUUUUUGAGUUGAUGCAUGACCUUGAGGAUCUAGAGCUGUUCAAUGGGAUGGGGCGGAUUCCUGUCCAUCGCAUCAAGUACGAGUGCGAGCGUGAGACCGAGUACAAGGAAAUGGAGGAGGAAACGGAGAAGGAAGGAGAGUAUGUGUGGAGACGACCAUUGUUGGAGAGUGUAUAUAUUACGAUUCGAGAGGAUCAUUCGACAAAGGCUGCUUGGAUGAGUCGUAUCCCCGUCAGUCGUCUCAAGACCGAGUCCGAGUUCUUCAAACUGAAGCGUGGUGGUAUCGAGGAGAAGGAGAAGGAGAAGGAGAAGGGUAAUGAUGGUGUGAUUCAGGGAACAAGAACCACUGAUCGUUCCUGA